GAAAAUAUGAAAUGAUGAAGUAUGAAAUCGUUGAAAUUGAAAUAAAAAGAAGAGAAGCAAACAUUUAAUAAAAGCAAUAAAAAUCAGUUGUGUUGUGUUGUGUUGUGUUGUGUUGUGUUGUGUUGUGUUGUGCUGUGAAUUCAAUUCUUUCAUUCGCAAAUAAUAACGUUGUUUUUUAUUUAUUUAAUUAAUUAAUUAUUUAUUUAUUUAUUUGCAUUAAUAUCCAACAACUCCAUCUUCUCUCCGAAACCACCAAAACCAAACAAAAACACAAUCAAACUUACAUCAACAACAAUACUACUAAAUAAAUACUAAAUACCCCUUUUCCUCUUCUCUUCCUUUUGCUGUACAAUACAACAAUCAAACUCAAGUUUCAUUCAUUUCUCAAAAGAAAAAGAAAAAAAAAUGGGUAAUCGUUUCAUUUGCAUGACAAAAAAGGAGUCAAAAGAUGUUGGAUCAAGAAGCAAAAGAAUGGGUAGAUCACAGAGGAAGCUUGUUUCUGAAGAAGAAUUGCAUCUUCAAGCAUUAUCUAUGGCACUUCAACAGCAUCAAUUGUCUCAGAGAUUCGAAGGCUCUAUGUCUAGAAGAAUUGCUGGUUCAACUAGCUCUAGAAGACGCACUUUACCUGAUUCUGUCCCACUCAACAACAACAAGCAGGAUUCAGAAUUACUGGAGAACAUGAAAACAAAGAAGUUUGUAUUGAUCCAUGGAGAAGGUUUUGGAGCAUGGUGUUGGUACAAGACUGUUGCUCUUCUAGAAGAAGUAGGACUUCAGCCUGUUGCCUUAGAUCUUACAGGAUCUGGAAUUGAUCUCACAGACAGCAACAAUGUCACCACAUUGGCAGAAUAUUCAAAACCUCUAACUAAUUAUCUUGAAAACCUUCCUGAGGACGAAAAGGUUGUUCUUGUUGGUCAUAGCAUUGGUGGUGCUUGCAUUUCAUAUGCAUUGGAACACUAUCCACACAAGAUCUCGAAAGCGAUCUUCCUUUGUGCUACAAUGGUGACUGAUGGUCAACGGCCGUUUGAUGUUUUCGCUGAUCAGCUAGGAUCUGCUGAACAGUUUAUGCAAGAAUCAAAGUUUCUGAUCCACGGGAAUGGUAAAGAAAAGCCCCCAACAGGAUUUAUGUUUGAGAAAGAGCAGAUGAAAGGCUUGUAUUUUAAUCAAUCCCCAACAAAGGAUGUUGCUUUAGCCAUGGUUUCAAUGAGACAGAGCCCUAUUGGUCCAAUCAUGGAGAAGCUGUGUUUAUCUCCUGACAAAUAUGGUACUGCACGCCGCUUUUACAUUCAAACGCUGGAUGAUCGCGCUCUUUCACCUGAUGUCCAAGAGAAGCUAGUGAGGGAAAAUCCACCUGAAGGAGUUUUCAAAAUCAAAGGCAGUGACCACUGCCCAUUCUUCUCCAAACCACAAUCUCUCCACAAAAUUUUAGUGGAAAUUGCUCAAAUUCAGUAGCUUAAUGAUCAACAACAAUACAUGAUUUGUUACUUUUAUCUUUCCAUACCCCUAACUCACCAAAUUAAAGAAUAGAGUUCAUAUGGCCCAACCGGGAGAUGAAUUUUAUUUUAUUCUUUAUAAUCAUGAAAUAUAAUAGAGGAAGAACAAGAUUUUAUUGCCUGAGACAAUGUAGUAAGUAUUCAACUAGUGAAGAACUUCUGUAAACUUCUCUUUUGUUUUUGGUUUACUUCAUAUGUAUAGUAUAGUAAUACUUUUGUACUUUA